GCUGCAGCCCUGCCCCUUCCCGAGGAGGUUCUGAGUGACAGCUCGCCUGGCCAAUAGCGAGGCCAAGGCGAAGUGGGCGGGCGCCGGAGGCGGGCACUGGGUGGGGCCUUAAGAGCUGGGCAGGAAGUCCGGCGGGCGGCGCGCAGAGCACCUCGCCACUUCAACGCGCAUCUCGGUGUGUGUAGCACCCUCAUUUUUCUUCCUGGGCGACGAGAUCCGGUAGCCAGAAAUCCAACAUGUCGAUUCUCAAGAUGCAUGCCCGAGAGAUCUUUGACUCUCGUGGGAACCCCACUGUGGAAGUUGACCUCUACACCUCCAAAGGUCUCUUCCGAGCUGCUGUGCCCAGUGGGGCCUCCACUGGCAUCUACGAGGCCCUAGAGCUACGUGACAAUGACAAGACCCGCUACCUGGGCAAGGGCGUCUCCAGACCCAUUAAGUAUGUCAAUGAGUUCCUGGCACCAGCCCUGUGUACUCAGAAACUGAAUGUCGUGGAGCAGGAGAAGAUUGAUAAGCUGAUGAUCGAGAUGGAUGGGACUGAAAACAAAUCCAAGUUCGGAGCGAACGCCAUCCUGGGAGUGUCUCUCGCAGUGUGCAAGGCCGGCGCCGUGGAGAAGGGGGUGCCCCUGUACCGCCAUAUCGCCGACCUGGCAGGCAACCCCGAGGUCAUCUUGCCUGUGCCUGCCUUCAACGUGAUCAACGGUGGCUCGCACGCUGGCAAUAAGCUGGCUAUGCAGGAGUUCAUGAUCUUGCCUGUGGGCGCGGCCAGCUUCAAGGAGGCCAUGCGCAUCGGGGCUGAGGUCUACCACAACCUGAAGAACGUCAUCAAGGAGAAGUACGGCAAGGACGCCACCAAUGUGGGUGAUGAGGGUGGCUUCGCACCCAACAUCCUGGAGAAUAAGGAAGCCCUGGAGUUGCUGAAGACUGCCAUUGGGAAGGCGGGCUACUCGGACAAGGUGGUCAUCGGUAUGGACGUGGCUGCAUCCGAGUUCUUCAGGUCUGGGAAGUACGACCUGGACUUCAAGUCUCCUGACGACCCCAGUAGGUACAUCUCACCCGACCAGCUGGGCGACCUCUACAAGUCCUUCAUCAAGGACUACCCAGUGGUGUCCAUUGAGGACCCCUUCGACCAG